AGAAUUACACGACGUCAGUCAGUCAGUUGAACGAAGAUCGCACAUGGAUCGUGAACUCGUUUCUGUCACCUCGUCGAUGUGAUCGUUUUUUUCGAGCUCAAGAUUUCGCGAUAGACGCUCUUUUUAAUUGAACCACUUUUAUCGAGUUCUAAAAUUAUUAUAUAACAAUUAAUUAAUCAUCUGAAUAAUAGUACACUAAUAUUCUUGAGGUUCCGCGUUCUUUGAUAAAUAUCUAACGUAUAAUUUAUAUUUACAAUAAUUUUCUAGUCUGUUCAUUUCGAGAAAAAGUGGGAAAAAAUUGAAAACUGUAUGUAAAUCAAGAAAAAAUCAACAGUGAUUUUUAAUUAGUUCGUAUAUUAGUACUUAAAUCUUCAGUGACUUUCCAUUCUACGACUAUUUUUCAUUAUAUAAUUACUAAUUAUAAAAGAGAGAAAGAGGAAAGAGAUAAGAGACAGAAAAGAAAGGAAAAACGAACUUUAUCCGGUUAUCGGAAGAUUUUUAUUUUAUAAGAGCGUUGCAUAUAAAAUUGACAUUUCCGGAAUACGACAUUUCACAUGCAGUCUUUCAUAUAUUGUGAUAUUUUAUCUUACCCUAUACAUCAUAAGAUAAAUGAUUACAUUUACAUUACGUGACCUCCAUAAUGUGAUUUUAUUUGAUCAAUUUGGCGAAAACAGAAUCGAUCAUAUAUUUGUCGUGCGCGAGUGACGCAAUAGUUGCGAGUAAUCACCUUUUUCUCGCGGGAAUAGGAAGAACAAACGGCAUUCGUUAGCAACACUCGAUAAAUGACAUCCGAUGGUCAACGCGUGCUAUAAGACGACGUAAAUGAUUGAGAGCUCGCAGCAGUCUAUCCUGCAACGGUGAAUCCUCUGCCACUGUCUCCAUCGGAUGCGUGCGCGUCAUUCAACCGUCGUGAAAAAUCUAAUUAUUAACGAGUGCAAAUUUACAGAUUAUUUUUAAAAAACACUAAAGUUUAUAAUUAAAAUCGGAAAACAUAGCACGUAAAAAUCGAGAGUAGGAACAGUGAAUUCUAAAUCUAUUUUCGUGAGAAGAAAAAAUUGAAUAGAACGGUACAAAGUUCUACAAUCGACUCUACAAGUGCAUCUUUCGAUUAUAAAUUGAUUAAAGAAGAAAGAGUGUAUUAUUCGGAUGAGAACGCGUAAUUAAACGCUGAGAGUGAAAAGUGACAAUCCUCGAAACAUUGGAAAGCCUCAAAUCUUCGUGGGAAAGAAAGAGUUUAAGAAGAAAUGCAUAAUUGCAGAAGCUAGGGCGGUGCGGUUAAUAGUGUGAAUUAAGAUAAACGAGAUGAAUGGAAUAAAUGGGAUGAAUGGCAAUGUGCUGAAGAUGGGUGAUAAAUCUCCAUCGCCGGAUUACGGCGACGAACAAAAAUUAAUUUCAUCGACCACGCCGACAACGCCAAUGAUUGUGCGAGUGACAAAAAAUUCAUACUCCUCCCUCAAGUACAGGAGCCGAUACCGGGCUGGACCGACGCGGAAGCUGCGCCGUCGCGCCGUCCUAAAGAACGGCGAUUGCAAUGUGCUGCAGUCGCGCAUCUCUCGACGAUCACUGCGCUUUCUGCAGGACAUCUUCACGACCCUGGUGGACACGCAGUGGCGUUGGACUCUGCUGUGCUUCAUCCUGAGCUUUCUGCUGUCCUGGCUGGGCUUCGCGGUGAUCUGGUGGCUGAUCGCCUUCACCCACGGCGACUUCGAGGAGCGUCACCUGCCGCCCGCCCAGCUGGAAAACAACUGGACGCCUUGCAUUUACAAUAUCUUUAGCUUCACCAGCUGCUUCCUCUUCAGUAUCGAAACUCAGCACACCAUUGGAUACGGCGGUCGCUCCACCACGGAAGAAUGCCCGGAGGCUAUAUUUGUCAUGUGCAUCCAGAGCGUCUCUGGCGUCAUGAUUCAAGCUUUCAUGGUGGGCAUCGUGUUCGCGAAGAUGACCAGGCCGAAACAGCGCACGCAAACUCUGCUGUUUUCGCGAAACGCCGUCAUCUGUCAACGAGACGGCGAGCUCUGUCUCAUGUUUCGCGUGGGCGAUAUGCGCAAAAGUCACAUAAUUGGCGCGAACGUUCGCGCGCAGGUGAUCCGCAGCAAGACGACGAAGGAGGGCGAAAUUCUGUCUCAGCAUCAGCAGGAGUUAACGGUGGGCACCGACGGCGAGACCGGCGAUCUUUUCUUCAUCUGGCCGACCAUUAUCAUUCAUCGGAUCAACGAGUCGUCGCCCUUCCACAACAUGUCUGCCGAGGACAUGUUAACCGAACGUUUCGAGGUCGUUCUAAUCCUGGAAGGUACUAUCGAGUCGACUGGACAGACCACCCAAGCCAGAUCCAGUUAUCUCCCGCAGGAGAUUCUGUGGGGUCAUCGUUUCGACGCCAUGGUGAGCUACUCGAAGGAGCGGCAAGGCUACGAGGUGGACUACUCGCUGUUUAACAGCACCACUCAGGUUGACACCCCAUUGUGUUCGGGUAGAGAGCUCGCGGAGUUCUACAGAGUGCAGGAUGAUCUUCGUCACGGAGCUGGUAUUCCGACCGACGAGGAUCAUUUAACGGAGAAGCAGCGUUGGCGUGAUUAUCAGCCGAUUAAUCAAGAACAAUUUCUUGCAUUUCCGGAUUCUCCAAGAAGCCACAACAGCGCCGAGAACGAGUAUCACAGGCGAAGUAAAUGUUCUUGUAAAUGUUCAAACUGCAUUUGGCACGGACCGCAAACCGCGGAUGUCAAUCAAUCCAUGUUCGAUUUCGAUCCUGACGCCAUUCAGGUGAUGGAUGAUGUUGAACUUGAGAAAUUGCCGGAAGCGGUGAACAGAGAAAUCAUGAAAAAUAGUGAGGAGAUUAUUUUCGAAAAAGGUGAAGGAAUCUCAACCAGAAAUCUGGCUAAAUUACGUAACGAAAAAAGUAAAAUGCAAGAGCAAGACAGUUUGAUGCGAGAGCAAGACAGUUUGAUGCAAAAAGCUUUAAUUAAUAAAGAAAAGAAGGCGGCAAUUCUGAAAAGUAGUCAAGAAAUUAUCUCUGAAAUGGAAAAAGGAAACGGUUUAGAGAAUAUAAUCAAAGAUAGAGAAUAUAAACUGAAUGAAAAAAUAAGCGAGAUUCUGAAUAGUCAAGAAGAUAUUUCUGAAAAUAAGAAAGAAGAUUUUUUAGAAAGAAUGAUGGUUAAAUUAAAUGCAAAAAGUGUCGAUGUCUUAACGGAUCAAGAGACAAUUUGCCAGGAAAAAGAAAUUUUAGAAAGUCAGCUAGUCAGAUUAGACGAGGGAAAGGAUGACAUCCCGAAAACUUCUCUCCAUAUCGAAGAAGAGAAGCUUGCUCUCGUAAAAGUUAAGGAAGAUGGCAAAGAUAUUAGACAUCAGAUUAGGCAACCUCAACAUGAAUUCGAAAAAAAAUCUAAGAUAAGAAGUAAUGAAUUUGCAAGGAAGGAUGAUGAAGCAUGCCUUGAAAAGUGGCAAAAAAUGCAGAAGAAAAAAUAUCAGCUGAUUGGCGAACAAAAAUCCUCAAGAGAGUUUAACAGAAGUUUGAGUGAUAAUCCUUCCACGGUAAUUUUUCCACAUAAAAUAGACAGAAGAGCCUUUAGCGAUUUUGAAAAAAACAGAAUUGAUCAAUUGGUCGUGCCAUAUCCAGGUCAAAAGAAUCCGAAGAGAAAUAUUUUCCUAAACGAGAAGCAAGAGUUUAAUAAAAGUUCGAUUGAUAAUUUUUCUAUAGAAAAUGAUCAAAAAUCUUUCAAAACAUUCGGAAGAAAUGCGAAUCAAGUAAUUGUGCCAAAUCAAGAUCAAAGGGAAAGAGAAUCUUCUUCGAGUGAGAAGCAAAAGUGUCUUUUGAAAGAGUUUAAUAGAGGUUCCAAUGAUAAUUCUGUUACAGAUAAUGCAAGAUCUUUUCAAGAAUUUGAGAAAAAGAUAUUAGAGGAAGAUCAAAAAUCACCAAGAAAGAUUAAAAAAUAUCCAAUAAAAUCUUUGGAUCGCUCAAAUGGCAGCUCAGUUUCCCGUCCGCAACUGAACUACGAUUUUCUUAGACGGGAAAAUGACAAUCAUCAAGUAGAACAGUGCGAUAAUGUCAGAAUGGAGAAUGAGAAAGCUCUUAGGGAACCUUUAUUAAAUCGCCCCUCCAAAAUAGCGAUACGGAGUAAACUUUAUAUUAAUCCCUGGUCGUUCUCUCCAGUUUCUGAUCUUUCGCCAGAAUCAGGUUUUUGCGAAGGAAGUUCAGAGAUCAGUUCUAGAGAGCCUCGUUCGUUCACGAGGAAAAUGUUAAAGAAUAUUGAUAUUGAUAUUUUAGGCAGAAAAAACAGUCCUUUGGAAAGCAAUAGAUUGCAAAAAAACGCGAUCGAGAUCAGUAAUCCGGAAGAAUGUGCUACAAAUUAUGUUGCGCAAACAUUUUUUUACGUAGACAACAAUACUCAGGAUAUUGAUAAAAUUUCUUUACAUGUUAAUUUGCCUUCUGAAAAUUCUAUCGAGGAUAAUAAGAAUUCCGUAAAGCAUUCUGACACUUUAAAUACUGGAGAACAAAUUAUAUGCACGGAUUAUGAGAUACAGGCCGUCGAUGAAGUAAACAAGAAAUAUAGAUAUUUAAAUGCAUCCAAAAAAUUAAUCAGCAAUGUUGAUGAUCCAGAGGAGGCCUCCUUUACUAUUAAAAAACCAUUUGUCUCCGAAACAAAACAACAUUCAGAAUAUCAAUAAAAUAUCGGUAAGACAAAAGAAGCACAUUUUAUCUAGACGUCGAUGUAGCUUAUAAAUAUUCUGCUAUAAAUAUUGAUUGUUCGAAAGAAUUCAACGAUGUUACCGUUUUUGGGAAACAAGUUCACAACAAUAACGACAACGUGAUGAAGAAUGAGAGGAAAAUUAUGAAUUUUUCGAACAGCGCGAUAUAACUUCUAAAAUUUAGUUAGCGAUGUAAUUGCGCUUGAUCAUACAAAGCGAUGUAAUAGUGCCUUCUGUAGAACAGGUUGUCUACAAAAACAAGAAAGUAGAGAAUAAAAAAACAGAUGCGAAAUUCUUUAAACAAUAGUAUAUCUUACGAAAAUUUAGUUAAUUCUCUAUAGUUAAUUAUCAUCGAUUUUGAUCGUUCUAAACAGCGUGAUGAUGCUUUUACUGUAAAUAUUGUGUGAUGAUAUUUUUGUAAAAUUGAAUUGCUGUAGCGAAAGCAAGAUAAAAUUAUGUGAUAUGUAUAGGAAAAUGUAGGGAUUGUUUAUGCGAUAAUUUUGUCCUGUGAAAACUAAGUUAAGAAUCUUAUAAAUGAAGAGAAAUACGCAAAGAGGUACCAAUUAUUGAAAACCGAAUCGUUUAUACAUAUUUGAUAAAGUUUCGAGUGAAUUCAAUAAUCGGCUCUAUUUUUCGAAAUAAUGGAUUUAACCGCUGGUCGGUUGACUAUUACUUUAUACACAUAUUUAAAUCUUUUUGAAGAGGACAAAACUUCUUUGAAGAAAAUAUUGAUGGAACAACAAUCAUUGUUCAUUUAUUGUUAUUAAUGUAUGUAUACAAGUUCCAUUCUAUAAUUAAGCGUUAUUUAUUGUUGAAAUAGAGUAAGAAUAUUGUAAGUCUUGCGAACACUUUUCCAACGUCGAUUAAUGUUAACUGACGAUUUCUAUUUGUUAAUAGAAUUGCUAACAUGAAAAAUAAAAUAUUUUUAUUAAAGGUAACAAAAAUUUUUAAUGAUUUUCUUUUUUUAUGACGAAGAAUUAUUUUCUUUCUUUAUCAUUUUAUUCAUGUUAACUAUUCUAUUAACAAAUUGAAAUCGUCGGUUAACGUUAACUGACGUUGAAAAAAGUGACCCUUAAUCUAAUGUUUGUAUCUAACGAUUACGUCUCGUAAUUAGCAGAAUCAAUAUACCGGAUGUUUUGAUGAGUCGCGAGUUAAUUUAUUAAAUUAAAUUUGAAGGAAAAAAGUUCAAAAUUUUUGAAACAAUAUUUAAUCAAUGUUAUCUAAAUAUAUAUAUAUAUAUGUAUAUAUACGUAGAAAAAUUAAAUAAUAUUAAGUCUGAUCAACUGGCGGCUAUUCAUGCGACUUUUGGCACAUUCGGUGCGCGAAAUGGGAUACUCAUUCCCUUGAAAAAAAAUCUCAGGACAAGAAGAUAUUAUAACAGUACAAAAGAAAUUAUAUUAGAAAUUGGUGUUAAUUGAAAAUUCAAGCUUUCUGUCUUAAUUAUGCCAAAUUAAAGGAUAUAGUUUUCAAUACAUCAAUUAAAUGUUUUUAAUAUCGA